CUUAGCACGUUGAUCUAUAUGUCUCACAAUUACAAUCUACGUUAUGUGAUUACAUCAACUUUCUAAACACAGCAGCAGGUUCAGGAUAAAAGUGUCAGCAUGUUUGGGAAAAAUGUUCGGUUUUAUCUUUUGAUGCAAGUUUUAUGUUGUACCUCGAUGCUCGUAUCAGCGACAAACACUUUUCAAGUCGUGAACCAGAAAAAUACUUUCCGAGCAGCGCAAGCUCACUGUAGAAGCAUCCAAAUGCAUUUGGCUUCAAUUCACUCUGCUGUGGAGGAAUCAUAUAUCGUUACGUUGGUUGGGAAUACGACGACAGCCACGUAUUGGAUAGGUAUGGUCCAGAUAUUCGGGCAACAAAUGUGGUUGGAUGGAACCGCAAGAGGUUACACCAACUUCGCUUCAGUAACCCACGAUUUAUUUUUCUACGAUUAUUAUUGCAUUCAACUGAGUGUUAACAACGGUGUGUCUCAAUGGCAUCAACAAGAAUGUGGGAUGGAGGAAUUCUUUAUUUGUAGAAAAGAAGUCCCUCCCGACACUACAACCCCACAGAAUAUAAACACCGGGGAAACAACAGCGACAACAAUGUAUUUUUCCACAACUGAAGUAACAGACACAACAACAACAGCUUAUACAAACGCAAACAUACAAAGCACAGGAGUUACGACAACACAAGAAGUUACAACGAACGCGACGAGAAACGUAAACGGCAUUGUAACCCCAAGGCCUCAGAUCUCGACAACAACAAUACACACAACAGCAAUAUUUACGACUGAACUAUCUACAACAGAAAGUCCCACAACAGAAUUAGAACUACAAACGACAGAACUGCCAACAACCGAAUAUUCUACAACGGAACUUCCUACAACAAAACAAAUGACAACAGAACUAAUAUCUACAACACAAUCACCUACAACGGAAACUCCCACAACAGAACUAUCUACAACAGAAGGUGCCACAACACAAAUGCCAACAACGGAUUCUCCUACAACGGAAUUAGCUACAACACAAACGGAAACAACGUUGGUUUCAACUUCUGUAGCCUCAACAACGAACGCAACGAACACGACAGAUCCUUUACCUCCGAUCUCUGGAAUGGAAACCGUGAAGUUGCUCCAGAGCGCCGAACAGCGGUCAAUUAAAAUCGCUCUCAGCAGUACAUCGCAGGUACCGGAUUCGGGGAACCCCCGGGUGGAAAUACAGAUUCGCAGAUCCACAGCCAAAGAGAGCUCGUCGUAUAACGAGACCGUUCCUUUCAUACAAUUCAGCCAAACCAACUUAAACCGGUUAAAACCAGUUGGAAUAAAUGACACCGAGACAUUCAUUACCGUUUCAAGCCAAAUAAAGGAAGACAAAGCGAACUUGCAGUUUCUUCUCGAAGCUUCUCCACCAAGUUCGAACCUACACACCACCAACCAUGUAAUAGACAACCCAACCAUUAUAACGAUCACAGCGCUUACUCUACAAGCUUCGUUAUUGCAAGCAGCAGUCGAAUUUAACUUUAACCUUUCAAAGGACGAUACGGCACGAACAGUGUACCGGCCGGAGAUAGCACCCAGUGCGUUCUCUGGGACUCGAAACACUAAACGUGUGGAAUAUAACUGUAGAUACAUUGAUUAUAAAACCGGCGCAUUCUCGGAGCUUGGCUGUCAUAACCAGCCAUCAAUACUGAUGAAUUAUCACCAAUGUUCGUGCAACCAUUCGACUCCGUUCGCUGUUUUAUUGUCUGUGACGUCAUACAAGGUGCCCGGCGCUGUGAAGAUAAUAUCGUUCGUCACCGAAGCAAUGUCGGUCAUUUGUUUGUUCGUAACUCUUGUCAUUCUAUGUGUUGCGAAAAAGAAGAUUCGUAGCGACCGAACCAUCGUUCAGAUUAAUUUAACGAUUGCUCUCUUGUUGCUCCAUAUAUUCACACUGCUUCAUGACGCGGUAAUGUUCAACUUCAGACUUUGUGAAAUGGCGGCAAUUCUCAUUCAUCUGUUUCUACUCGCAUCAGCGAUGUGGGGAUUAAUUGAAGGCGUGACGUUGGUUUGGAAAACACUCGAGAAUGGAAGUUUGCAUAAACUAUGCGCGUGGCAGAUCACCGCUAGGAGCGCUAUAGGGUGGGGGACGCCGUGUCUCAUCGUUAUCAUAGCUGUUGCUAUCGGAUUUUCAAUGGGAUCAUAUAUGGAGGACAACCCCGAUUAUUUGAUUGACCCUCUUGCAAGGAGGUAUAACCGAUGCACAGUGAAGCCGGGAUCCGGGGUCAUGAUCGGGGCCCUCGUGAUACCUGUCGCAACUAUUCUUUUGAUAAACUUUGUAAUCGUGAUGAGGAUGGCGUACUUCGUGUAUAUGAUGAGUAAAAGAACCGAGGAGAUGAAACCGAGUAAUAAUACUCGGGGGAACACUGCGGCCAUGGAUGGGGCGACCUUAACACAUACAGUUGCUGCGUUCAAGGCAAUGUUCGUGCUUUUCCCGAUACUCGGAAUACCGUGGAUAGUUGGGUUCCUCGUGGGCAUUGAGCACAUUGAAGUGUCCAUCACAUUCAUGUACAUAAGUAGCAUUUUGAACGGUCUGCAGGGAGUUUUCGUGUUUCUCUUGUACUGUGUGUUCAGUUCAGACGUGCGUGCGGCGUUAAAGAACGAAUAUAACAAAGCACAAGCUCAGAGCCAAUUCCGACAAGAACGCAGUGUAUUUUCACAAGGCGAUGACUCGAAGACGAAAUUCAAACUAACUGUUUCGUCUCUUAACCCGAUACGGUCCAGAAAAUCGAGCGAAAUAACAAAAACUGGUACCAUGUCGGUUAAGAAGAAGCCGGAUAAAACUGACAACUUGGUUCUUGGGAUGCAUAUAUCAGUGCAAGGGACUUACAGAAGACGGAAUUUUGAUUAAAGAUAUUUGCUUUUGUACGUCAUAUUUCGGAAUGAAAACACCAUAUGCAAUG